CUCUUCCUCUCUGAAAAGAAGGAUAUUCAAGAAGAUAUUGCUUUUGGAACAAGUGUUUCUAUAAUUUUACAAUACUGCAAAUGUGCAUAUAUUUCAGAUAUAUGGAGGACAGUGUCUUGAUAUAUUUGAGAUUCCUUAUUACAAAUCAUUGAAGAAAUGGUUAACAUUAUCAGGAUUAUAUCCACUUAGAAAUACUAUUAUAAUUUUAGUGGUGAUUUCCAUUAUAAGCGUUACUCUGCCAUUGAUAUUCGCAAUAUACACAUCAUUAUGUGCAAAAAAUAUAGAUGCUAUGCUUGAAUGCUUACCGCCUUUAGGUGUAUGCGUAGUUGCUAUGUUUAAACUACAAAAUAUAUAUAACAACAGUGAAAACUUCAAAAAAUUAUUUACAUUUGUGGCAAAACAAUGGCAUCAGUUGAAAUUAAACAAUGAAAUACGAGUCUUGGAAGAAAUCGUCAUGCAAGGCAAUAAAAUGGCACAAAUAUAUCGAAGUACGAUAUCAUUUUUGAAAUCCAAAUAUACAUUAUUGGUCGCUAUGGUAAUUUUCUUUUCUGUACCAUUAAUUUUUCCUAUUUUGGACAUUGUUUAUCCUUUAAAUGAAACUCGACCAAGACAACAAUUAUAUAAAGUUAAUUACCUGAUCUUCAACCACGAAGAUUAUUAUUUUUACGUAUACUUUCAAUUAGUUUGGAGCUCAUUUGUUUGUGUGAUAAUCAUAAUUAUUUUUGAUUGGUUGUAUAUUCUUAUAAUUCAUCAUAAUAGUGGAAUGUUUACAGUAUGUGGAUAUCAGAUUCAAAAAAUAUUUACCGAAGAAGCUUUUUCCAAUAUACGUAUAUACGAACAAUUUAAAAAUUGUUUAAUCGUACACAAUGAAGCUAUUCAGUUUUUCGAUAUUUUAGAUGAGAGCAGUCGAAAUACUUAUUUCUUUUUAGUUGGAUCAAAUAUAAUAGGAACAAGCAUGUCAGCUGUACAAAUAGUUUUAAAUUUAGAUAAAUUGGAGGUGGCAAUUAAAAGCACUGUAUUUCUUAUAGCUGCCCAAUUUCAUUUAUUUAUUCUUAGUAUACCUGGACAAAUACUUUUGAAUCAUUAUUCUAAUCUAACAAAUAAUAUAUUUAUGUCCGCAUGGUAUAAUAUGCCAAUAGAAGUUCAAAAAAUGUUUUAUGUGAUGCAAAUAAGAUGUAACAAGCCAUGUUCAUUAACGGCAUGUGGAUUAUACGAAAUGAAUAUGGAGAACUUUGGAACAGCUCUAAAAACGUGCAUGUCAUACAUCACUAUGAUAUUGUCGUUGAAAUAAUAUUAUCCAUGUAAAACAUCAAGUCACAUUCAGAUUUAACAAAAAUUUUUAGAACAAAAUAAAUAUGAUUGUAUAUUGCUAAUAUAGAUGUAUGUAUUGAAUAGUUUAAAUUAUAUUAUUGAAUAUAAGAAUAAAACUAUCAAAUUACAUUUGUUAUAUGUUGUAUUUAAACGAAAGAUUAAAUAUCUUACCAAAACUUCACUUUGUGUCGCAAAUAUAUUCACUGUUUCAAUUAAGAUGAAAGAAUAGACGAUAAAAGCGUUAAGUAGAUCAAAUCAAACAAUUAUCAUUUUUGUAAAGUUACAAUAAGUAUUUAUAUUCUAAAAAUAAUUAUCUUAGAUACUUUCUUUAGUUACAAAAAUUCUUAGUUAGAAGUCGGAUACAAUUGCAUUUACUACAAAAUGUUACAAACAGAAAUACAAAGAUAUUUUUAGAAUUUAUAAGAAUUCAAUACAGUGAUAUGAUAAUCUUCGGUUUAUUAUCGAAUUACUAUCGAACCUUAUUGAAGCUACUAAAUAUAAAUCAAUAUUUCAAGACAAUCAUAUAUCUUAAUUUUAUUGCAUAAACGGAUGCCGUAAAGUUAUUGGAAAAAGAAUUUUCUUAUGUACGAAACAAUUGUUCCCUCGUCUGGAAAAUUAUACUUUAAUCUAUAUGUGUCAAGUAAGUGAAUGAUUCGUAGUCAUUUUCAGUAACAUCAAGUAUCGUGUUCAAUUGCAUUCGUCAGAUUGAUUUUUACAGUUUUAGAAAGAAAAAUACGCAUAGAUUUAGACCACCAUAGAUUCAUUUAAAGACGUUUACUUCAUACUGGUCGUACAAGUUGCAACGUUGCUGUCAUGGAUAGUAAGAAAAAAUAGCAUUGAAGAUUAAGAUUAAAAAAGAAAUUUAUCUUGCUUUGAAUAUUGUAACAUUAAUGUUAUAUUAAUCAUUUUCAUUUGUAUUUGGAACAAUUUAAUGA